AUGAAGGAUUCGUCCGAGGACCAAAAAGCUCCGAUUGAAUCAAAUCAACAGGAUGCACCGGAAGUGGAGAUGAUUGAUGGAGGUCGUCCAACCAUCAGAAGCUUCGCUACGACUAUGAAGCUCAGACCAAAUGACAUGGUCAAGGUGCUCUCAAACGGAUUAACAUACACAGUGUCGGAAGUAAGAGGAGGAAAGUAUAUCCUGUGCGACGACAGCGGCAAGGAGGUUAUGCAGGGGCGCGAGUAUGAUGAGAGCGAGUUGGAAUUGGUAGAUGAUCCUUUCUAA